CCCCGUCAUAAACUGAAGUGCCAGGCCGCCGAAACCACGCCCUCUUUCUAAACGCGCGUUCAUUGGUCAAUCCGUCUUCUUCGGGACACGCCCCUUGAUCGGCUGGGCUGUAUAUAAACAGGCCCGGCUCUCUCACCAGCAACAAGUACCUGAGGGGUACGAGCAAAGAAACCUUUCCAGGAUCUGCCAUUGUUUUCCUCAAAAGGUUGUUUUGCGCAACACGUUAUUUCACGACCGGAAGGAAUUUGUCUUAAUAUUCCUAAAUCCUCAAACACCCCGGGAAGCGUCCAAGCACAUUGGUUUUUGCGCCUUCAAACAUAAAGAUGGAGUUGUCGGAUAUCCCCUUCCCCAUCCCGUCAGCUGACGACUUCUACGACGACCCUUGCUUCAACACGAACGACAUGCACUUCUUCGAAGACCUGGACCCCAGGCUCGUCCACGUCAGCCUGCUCAAGCCCGACGAGCACCACCUCGAGGACGAGCACGUGCGGGCGCCCAGCGGGCACCACCAGGCCGGCAGGUGCCUGCUGUGGGCGUGCAAAGCCUGCAAGAGGAAAACCACCAACGCCGACCGCCGCAAAGCCGCCACGAUGAGGGAGAGGAGGAGACUGAGCAAAGUCAACGACGCUUUCGAGACCCUUAAGAGAUGCACGUCCACCAACCCCAAUCAGAGGCUGCCCAAAGUGGAGAUCCUGAGGAACGCCAUCAGCUACAUCGAGUCUCUGCAGGCGCUGCUCAGGAGCCAAGAGGACAACUACUAUCCCGUUCUGGAACAUUACAGUGGAGACUCCGAUGCCUCCAGCCCGAGAUCCAACUGCUCCGAUGGCAUGAUGGAUUUCAUGGGUCCCACAUGUCAGUCGAGAAGAAGAAACAGUUACGACAGCUCGUACUUCAACGACUCGCCAAACGCCGAAGCACGGACCGCUAAGAGCUCGGUGGUGUCCAGUCUGGAUUGCCUGUCCAGCAUCGUGGAGCGGAUCUCCACGGAGACCCCGGCGUGUCCCGCGCUGCCGGUACCGGAGGGGCGCGAAGGGAGCCCGGGCUCUCCGCAGGAGGGGUCAGUCCCCGCGCCGUCCCCGACCGGCUGCCCUCAGCAGCAGCAGCAGGCUCCGGAUCCCAUCUAUCAAGUGCUUUAAAGAGCCGAAACGGAAAGACGAUCUGAAUCGAAAAAAACAUUGAGCAGAAUAAGAAACGGAAAAACCGAACUUAACGACAAAAAGAGACUAUUUCGAUCCACUGCUGGAAAUUAUAGGAACGAAUGAUCUUUCUUUUCUUUCUUUCUUUCUUUCUUUCUUUCUUUUCUUUCUUUCUUUCUUUUCUUUUUCUUUGCUGUGGAAAAUGAAUUCCAUUUAUGAAAACGGCUCGGCAGAUCAGCAGAAGUGAGUUUCUUAACCACGCUUAUUUAUAUUCUUGUAUCCACGCGAAAAUGUGACCAUAUUCUCUAUUUUCUUCUCUAUUUUUUUUUUCUUGUCGCCACCGCCUUUUUAUUUCCUAAUUAUUUGCGAGAGCAUCGUAACCCAGAUAUGAAGAGCAGGACCACUUUUGUACAUGUGUAAAUAAGAUCUGUUUUGUUAAAGCGACGAAAACGAACAAACCUAUUAUUGUAUUUAAUGACGCCUGUUUGAAACACUAGCUUGUUGUGUCUUCUUAAACUUUAUAUUUAUACUUCUUAAACGAGUGAAUGUCGGAUUAAUAAAAAAAUAUAACUAUUUAUA